AUGGAGUUUAUGUGGUGGCUAACUAGCAGUGAAGCCGCUCUACCAAUACUCAACACGAUUAACAAGUGUGGUGAGACGGUGGUGGAUGUGGCAUUGCGGGCGGAACGGUAUAGUGGGCACUUCUUGCGCCUCUUAUUGAGUGCUGGGGCGCGAGAGGCGAGGGAUUUGUACGCCGUCGCCCAGCGGCGGGUGAUGGGUAUGGAGGAGAAGGCCCGUAGGAGGGAAACUGCCUCGGAAGGUAGGCGUUGGCGUCGAUUACAGCGCGCCUUUGGUCAGUCGCGUGCGAAUCUGCUGCAUUGUGCGGAAAAGCGCCGCGGUGUGGCAGACCGAGAGGAGGACGGACGACGUCGACUGUGGCUGGGGGAGCAUCGAGCGCGGGGGCGAAUUACAGAGCAGUUGACGCAGGAUUUAGUACUUGUCGCGGCAGCAGGAAAGGACCCGCUUCAGGCGCAGCGAGCACUUCUUGAGCGGAAAAAAUGA